UCUACUGGACUGUGCACAUUAUUCCACAAAACCUGCCCAAUCGAGUCUGUGUGAGGCCAGAGACAUGGAAGUGGCUCGCUGUGGGGCACUGGCCCUGUGGAGCUGCAGUAAGAGUCAUAUGAAUAAAGAAGCCAUCCGCAAAGCUGGGGGCAUUCCUCUGUUGGCUCAGCUGCUGAAGACUUCUCAUGAAAACAUGCUAAUUCCGGUGGUGGGGACAUUGCAAGAGUGUGCAUCAGAGGAAAACUACCGGGCUGCAAUCAAAGCAGAAAGGAUCAUUGAAAACCUUAUCAAGAACCUAAAAGAGUGAGAACGAGGAGCUGCAGGAGCGGUGCGCCAUGGCCAUUUACCAGGUGC